CCAUCGUCCGCUUUACAACACUGGUUUUUGGUGCUGCCCAUCACUAGCCGAACAGAAGCAAGCAAAAAAAAUCCAAACGCAAGCAAGCGUUGAUUUUGCCGACUUCCUCUGUCUCAAAUUAAGAAAAUGUCAUUUUAACCAGUCUACGAACAUACCAGAAUCCUCGAGAACCCUAAAAAGCGACAGCAAACUUCUAGGGAAGACAGAAAGUCUCGGAAUCUACUUUACAUUUAAGCGAACCAAAAAACAACAAAAAGAUCACGAACAUGUCGCACACAAUCCUGUUGGUCCAGCCGGGAACUCGCCCGGAGACCCGAACCUACUGCGACUACGAGAGCGUCAACGAGUGCAUGGAGGGCGUGUGCAAGAUCUAUGAGGAGCACCUUAAGCGCCGGAACCCCAACACCCCGACUAUCACCUACGACAUCAGCCAGCUGUUCGACUUUAUCGACACUCUGAUGGACAUCAGCUGCAUGGUUUACCAGAAGAGCACCAACACCUACGCCCCCUACAACAAGGACUGGAUCAAGGAGAAGAUCUACGUGCUCCUCCGCCAGGCAGCCUUCAGCCCCAACGCCUAAACUAAAGCCAAAAACAAGUAACCCUACAGCUAAUAUAUACGCACUCCUCAUUUGUAUAAACUGAAACACUUAAUCAAACUGACGACAGCCAAGAGGAAACGGCACUAAAGGAUACACAGAUGUGGGAGCAGCCCAGCCGGCAGACGACCAGAACGAGAGGGGCUCGAAACAAUGACGCUAGUGUGGAUGUGGAUGCUCUGCUUUUAACGUUUCCUGCUCGACGGAGUUGGUUAUAUAUUUAAUUUUUUAUUAAUUUGCCUGCUUUCCAGUUGGAUUUGAAACAAUGCAACACAAGAGGAACCAGAAAUCACUGGAAAGCAGACAAAUACAAAGAGAACGAGAAACUGUUUAAAUUAGAAAUGGAAAAUUUUACUUUAUAUGUACCAAUAUAAUGUAUAUACACUCAA